AUGGUCCGGAGGAAUUCAGAAAACAAUGACAGCAGGACUGAGCAGUACAGAAAGCUUUUUAUUGGCGGAUUAACUCCCAACACCGAUGAAGAAAUGCUUAAAGAAUAUUAUUCUGCUUGGGGGGAGAUCGUAGAUGUGGUCGUUAUGAAAGACUCCCACAGCGGAAGGUCCCGAGGGUUCGGAUUUGUCACAUACAAAGAACCAGAAAUGGUUGACUCAGCUCAAGCUAAUAGACCGCACGAGAUAGACGGUAAAACUGUCGAGGCCAAGAGAGCUAUGCCGAGGGAAGACUCCAGCAGUGCUGAGGCCCAUAUGACUGUUAAGAAGCUGUUUGUUGGUGGUCUAAAGAAAGACGUAACUACCGAAGACCUCAGAGAAUACUUUUCGAAAUACGGCAACAUAACCGAGUGUGAGGUAGUUACAAGCAAGGAUACGGGAGUAUCGCGAGGUUUUGGGUUCGUCACGUUUGACGACUAUGAUCCCGUCGACAAAGCUAUCUUGUACAAGCCACACCUUAUCAAGACCAGUCGUUCAGAUGUAAAGAAGGCGCUAUCGAGAGAAGAAAUGAACACCAUGAAGAGAAAGACAGAAUACAGAGGGGACUACGGCAAUGGUUUUUCAAAUGGCUAUAGAAACGGUGGUAACUAUGGUCCACCUGGAGGAGGAUAUGACAACUAUAGCAGGGGUUACGGUCCCCAAUCUCCACCCGGCGGCCCCAUGGGCGGACCACCAAUGGGUGGCUACCAAGGCGGUUGGGGCCCCUAUCCACAGGGUGGCGGCGGCGGCCAGGGUUGGGGUCACGGAAUGGGUGAUGGUUUCGGUAGCUAUGGUGCUCAGCAGAGCUAUGGAGGUGGUCCUAUUAGAGGCGGGCCUCCCGGUGGUGGAUACCAACGGAAUCAACCCUACGGAGGGCUUGAGGUUGCAGGCUUAGGCGUAGCACAGUGA